CACACAAUCUAGCACGACCACUGUAAGGAGAUAGCACAUCACGGCCACGCAAUGUUUACAAGUAAUUACAUAGUUUACCUGGCAGCUUUUCUGUGGAUCACAGCGUCCUGCAACCUCAGGAAUACCUCUGCGAGGAAGCACGAAGAGUCCUUCUCGACUGGCAGCACGUGCUAUGCGAGAUGCGCAUCGAGAUGUCUCAGCCUUCACAUUACACGUAUAUCAUCACUUUCCAAGAAUUCUCAGAAUAAUGGAUCCCUGGUGUGGUGUCAAAAUCAUAAACAUUGCUCCAAGUGUCUUGAGCCAUGCAAGUCAUCCUGGGACCUGAAGGAAAACCAGUGCAGGAACUUGUGUGAGUCCCUGUUCCCCAAGAAGCAUUAUGAGUGUGUGACGAGCUGUGAGUUCCGGAGGUCUGUGGAGACACUGAAGCAGGGAGAGUGCCCCGCCCCCAGGAAGGCCAGCGGGUUCGCGGCGGCAUGCGUGGAGAGCUGCGAUGCCGAUGGAGAGUGCUCAUCUGUCAGGAAGUGCUGCUCCAAUGGCUGUGGGCACACCUGCCAACUGCCCAAGAACCUCUACAAAGGAGUUCCUUUCAAACCCAGAAAGGAGCUGAGCUUUACUGAGCUCCAGUCCAGCCACCUGGAGAUCCGCUGGUCCUCAAAGUUCAACAUCUCAGCAGAGCCUGUUCUGUAUGUGGUGCAGCAGAGGUGGAACUAUGGCCUCCAGCCCAGUGAAGACCAUGCCACAGACUGGCAGACUGUGGCACAGACUACAGAGGAGCAGGUUCAGUUGGCAGACAUCCGGGCCAACAGGUGUCACCAGUUCCGUGUGGCUGCUGUUAACGUUCAUGGGACCAGAGGCUUCACAGCCCCCAGCAAGCAUUUCUGUUCCUCCAAAGAUCCCUCAGCGCCCCCUACUCCAUCGAGCCUAAGGAUCAGCAGCAUGAGGGUCAGUACCGAGGGCACCGUUUCUGUCCGCCUCGACUGGAACGUUCUAGAAGACCCAGACGUUCCUGUGCACCAUUUCAGAGUUUUCUGGACGGUCAGUGAUAGGUCCAUGGUGGCAGCCAAGAAGAAGAGGCGGAAGAACACCAAAGGGACCCUUAACUAUGUGGAUCUAGAAGGCCUCCAGGCUAACAUCUGCUACACAGUGGAGGUUCAGGCAGUGACCUACUGGGGACAGGGGCGUCUGAAGAGCGCAAAGGCAUCCCUGAAUUUCAGUACCACGUACCUCAAUGCCACAAUCUCAUCAUCUUUCCUUUUCACCCCGGAAAAAGAGUUGUCUAAACUGAAGGACGUUGAAGGACAGGCUAUAAGGUCUGACCCAGGAAAGCGAGCCACGUGGCCGCUGGGGGUGGGGAACCCCUUUUACCAGGAUGACCAGCUGCAGGUCAGGAUCUACUGGAAAAAGAGAGGGGCUGGCAGCCAAUACCAUGUCCAGUGGGGGCCUGAAUUCUGCAGUCACAAUGUUACCAGAAGACCAGAGAAGUCCGUCACCCUGGAAAACUACAUUAACCUCCCAGGCCUGCUGUUCUCCUGCAAAUACAAAGUCACAGUUCACGUGACAAGGGCCAGGGGUCGCUCCAAAACAGAGAGCACAACAUUCUUCACCCCACCCUGCUCCACACUCAGGGCUAAGAACCCAAAGUACAUCCAGUGCCCUGAGGAAGAAGGAGUUGUGCCGAAAGUGUUAGCCAAGCCGGAAAAUUUGACCGCCUCCUUCUCAGUCCACGAAGGAAACAUCACUGGCAGCUUGUCCUGGAGGGUGGUGAUGCCUCGCCUACACCCCAAAAUCACAGGCUUCCAGGUCACCUGGGCAGAGAUCACCACGGAUAAUCGACACAACAGCCUACCAAACAGCAUAAUCUCCCAGUCGCAGAUACUGUCACCAAACCAUAAUUAUGUUGUAGUGUCCAACAUGCGACCAGGAACAGGCUACAGGCUGGAUGUGCAAGUAGUAACAACGGUAGGGGAGGGCGCUAUGGUUUCCAAAAUCUUUCAGACGCCCACCUUGUCCUCUGCUCCUCAACAGUCACCCAGGCUCAGACAACAGCAGAAACGCCAGAGGCCACCAGGAGAGAAGUACUGAUACCACAGCUCAGUUCAUCUAAUGGGACCUGAACCAGCCUCACCGACCACCACAAAAAAGAGCAGGAAUACAAACAUGAAAAAAGAUUUUGGACUGCAUAUUUCAUCCAAAGGUUAUUAGGUAGACUUAUCCUCUGGGCUUUGACGCUUAUGCAGGGUGCAGCCAGAUUCUAAACUAAUCUGAGGCCAGCUGAACUAUGCCAUAUUAAAAAAGCCUUGAGCCAAUGGGACAGUUUCUACAAAUGAUCCCAAAAUGCAUAUAUUAUUAAAAACUUCUACUGCAGUCUCAUGCAUUUUCAAUGGAUUCCUUCAUUUUUUAAUUAGUAGCAACUGGAACAACAAGGAGCACGCAGUAAUUUUUCUGAAAAGAGGAUUUUCAAUGAAGUGAAGGUUUAACAAAGACUAUCAUGGUGGACUAUUGCCAUUUAUAUAAAAUGCACUCAUACCACUGUCAUUUUCUUCAGUAAGGGAUGAGUAAUAUUAGAUGCAACUAUUUAUUUACUUAAUCAUGUAAAUGAAUGGCACUUAGAAUGGUGAAUACUUCUAAAUAAAAGCCUUGAUAUUUUAUCAAAUCACUUGUAUCUUCAAAUCUAAAGUUAAGCAUGACUUCAGUACGUGUAUCUUUUUGGGCAUGGAAUAUGUCAAUAUGUCACUCUGUAAUAUGUUAAGUGAAUUUGAACUUUAUUAGGAAAUUAAUUAUGUGCUAUUGAGCAGUAAGACUCAGUGUACUAAGUGUACUCAGAACUGAAGGACUUAUAUGUGACUGUAAAGUCAUUUGUAUUGCAUAUUCAGCAAAUGCCUAUAUUUAUUUAUAUAUGUAUAUUAUAUGUAUUAUGAUUUUUGUCUGUUCAUAAAAGUUCAUCUGUGGGUGUGUGUACAAGCACGCAUGCAGGUGUGUGCACGCGUGCAUAUGUGUGGGCGCACACAUGUUUGUUGUAGUUCAGCCAUGUUUAUAAAUAUAUAAUACUUGUAUAGACAUUCUGUAAAAAUAGAAUUGUAAAUAGUAAUUGUACUUGUCUUUUCCAUGUUAUAAAGUGUACAUAAUAUUAGUUAGUAAAAAGGAUACUGAACAGUUUGUGUCUGUCAAUGCAUGUUUUAAUUGCUAAAGGUUAUUGUGUGUUAAGUAUUUCCUUUAAUUAACUGAAUAUUAAACACAAAAUGCAAUGGCUUUUUCCCCUGACAGGUACAGCAUGGCAGUGACAAGCGUUCACAGUUAAUGUGUCUCUAUUUUCAUUCAGUCAGAGUAGAAGAGUUGUAGGUAAAAUUUUAAUAUUUUUUUUUGUAUUGUGCACAGUGCAUUUACAACUCAAUGUGGCUUUGGUUUUGUUCAGUCACUCAGGACUCAUCAUGUAUUUUCCUGACAAGAUUGGAUUUCACAUUUUGUAUUACUGAAAUCAUGUUGCUCGGCACAGAAGUCAUGCUUCUGGUUUGGUUUUCAUGUUUUGGACACACCAUGCCAUAGAGAGUGAUAAAUCAUUUGGAUACUCUGUU